UCCGUUGAGCUUCGCGCGCAGUCGUUUUGUCCUGUACGGCUACCCGUCCGCGUACGAAUCUAGCCCGGGAACUGGGAGUCCCGGGAGCGCAGUCACCUGCGGGGGAGCCGGUCGGUCGAUCCUGGACGCCCUGCGCACUGGCAAGAUGUGCUCCCUGGGCUUGUUUCCCCCGCCGCCGCCUCGGGGUCAGGUCACCCUGUACGAGCACAAUAACGAGCUGGUGACCGGCAGCAGCUAUGAGAGCCCGCCUCCUGACUUCCGGGGCCAGUGGAUCAAUCUUCCUGUCCUACACCUGACCAAGGAUCCCCUAAAAGCCCCUGGGAGGCUGGACCAUGGCACAAGGCCUGCUUUCAUCCAUCACCGGGAGCAAGUGUGGAAGAGGUGCAUCAACGUUUGGCGGGAUGUGGGCCUUUUUGGAGUCCUGAAUGAAGUUGCACAUUCCGAGGAAGAAGUGUUCGAGUGGGUGAAGACAGCCUGCAGCUGGGCCCUGGCUGGCUGUCGGUGGGCCUCCUCCCUCCACGGCUCCCUGUUCCCACACCUGUCCCUCAGGAGUGAAGACCUGAUUGCUGAAUUUGCCCAAGUAACUAAUUGGUCCAGCUGCUGCUUGCGGGCCUUCGCGUGGCACCCUCACACCAACAAGUUUGCUGUGGCCCUGCUGGAUGACUCGAUUCGUGUAUAUAAUGCUAGCAGCACCACCGUUCCCUCCCUGAAGCACCGUCUGCAGCGCAGUGUGGCGGCGCUGGCCUGGAAGCCCCUCAGUGCCUCCAUCUUGGCUGUGGCCUGCCAGGGUUGUAUUCUCAUCUGGACCCUGGACCCCACCUCCUUAUCCACGAGGCCCUCCUCUGGCUGUGCACAGGUGUUGUCCCACCCUGGGCACACACCAGUCACCAGCUUGGCUUGGGCCCCCAAUGGGGGGCGGCUGCUCUCAGCUUCACCUGUAGAUGCUGCUAUUCUGGUAUGGGAUGUCGCGACGGAAAUCUGUGUCCCGCUUCCUUGGUUCCGAGGAGGAGGGGUUACCAACUUGCUGUGGUCCCCAGAUGGCAGCAAAGUCCUGGCCACUACUCCGUCAGCAGUCUUUCGAGUCUGGGAGGCCCAGAUGUGGACUUGUGAGAGGUGGCCAACUCUCUCAGGGCGCUGUCAGACUGGCUGCUGGAGUCCAGACGGAAACCGGCUGCUGUUCACUGUGCUGGGGGAAACAGUGAUUUACUCCCUGUCGUUCCCAGAACGCUGUGGGACAGAAAAGGGCCGUGUGGGAGGUGCAAAGUCUGCAACAAUCGUAGCUGAUCUCUCUGAGACAACCAUACAGACCCCAGAUGGAGAGGAGAGGCUGGGGGGAGAGGCCCACUCCAUGGUUUGGGACCCCAGUGGCGAACGUCUGGCUGUGCUCAUGAAAGGAAACCCACGGGUACAGGAUGGAAAUCCUGUCAUCCUCCUUUUUCGAACUCGAAACAGUCCUGUGUUUGAGUUACUUCCCUGUGGAAUUAUUCAGGGGGAAGCAGGAGCCCAGGCCCAGCUCAUCACUUUCCAUCCUUCCUUCAACAAAGGGGCCUUGCUCAGCGUGUGCUGGUCCACAGGCCGAAUCACCCACAUCCCUCUGUACUUUGUUAACGCCCAGUUCCCACGCUUUAGCCCAGCUCUUGGCCGGGCCCAGGAGCCCCCAGCUGGAGGUGGAGGCUCUAUCCAUGAGGUGCCACUGUUUACUGAGAUGUCACCAACUCUGGCCCCUUGGGACUCUCUUCCAGGACCAUCACCUGCCCAACGCCACUCCCCUCAUUCCCACUUGUAAACAAAGUCC